AUGGCUCCACUUGCAUCAGCACAAUACCCGUUAGUCUCAUCCCCUUCAAAUGGUGGCUUGACUGGUGAGGUAUUUGGUAGUAUCAACUUUAUGAAUGAGAGUGUAUUCAAUUUCAGAAUAUUUGAGCGCAAAAACAAGUCUAGCUUGGAAGACCACGACCACAAUGCAAAUGAGCAAUUAACCGAGGUGGACUAUGAUCCUGAAAAGCAAGCAUUGUCUACCUCUUCAUCGAGUGCGUCGUCUACUUUGCCUACUGGGGGUUUUUCUGCAACGUCUGUGAAUAAAGAAGAAGAUGUAGCGAAAUUACCCAACGUUGCUGCGACUUCAAGUGGACCUGUACCUAAAGUUGAUGAAGGACUGCUGGAAGAAAGCGAAAAUGCAAAGGUCACCAAAAGUGCUGAAAGCAAUCAAAAGGAUGACACAGAGGGUGAUGGAGCAGUAGUUGAUGAAGCAGUAGUUGAAGAAGAAGAAGAAGAAGAAGAAGAACAAAAGGAUACCCCAGAAAGAGGAAUUGAAGAUAAAAACAAUCACCCUAAUUCAGAUGACUCGAGCGAAUAUUGGUUACGCUAUGAGAAGGAAAAGUUUAUGAAGAUUUGUGAAACUUGUUGGGAUGAAUUUGUCAAGUCGAGGGUUCAGCAAUAG